UGCUUCUCGUCAUCACGUGGUAAGAUAUAUAUCUUGUGGUGUCUGCUUCUCGUCAUCACGAAUAAUAUGCAUAAAAGCAGGAGGGCUUUGUAUUUUCAGCUUUACAGGAUGAGUUGUUUUCCAGCAAAGGUGAUCAUGGCAACACUAGUAGCACUAUUCCUUCUUGUGGGUGGAAUACAUAUUCCACCAACUUCUGCACCACUUCCUAACGGUGGUCGGAAGAGUUUAUCGCUUGAUGGCGCUAGCUCCACAAAGACAAUACCAAGAUCAGAAGACAGUUCUGAAGGUCUAAACAUUACUAGAAAGAAAAUAGUUUUCUCCCGGAGCCUACGAGGAGGAGGUUCAUUGCCGCCACCUACACCUAUCCGAAGCCGGACACGUAGCUUUUAUCCCAUGCUCGCACCUCCGCCGCCUUAUAUUCUAUGAUAAUCUACGUUUCUGAAUUUGCUCUCUGGAUGUGAUUCCCAAAAGGAAAGUCAUGUUCAAACUUGGUGGCUCACAAACAAGCCAAUUUCCAUCGUUAUGUGUUUUUUUUUUUUUUUUUUUUCCUUUAUCUUUUUGAGGUGCUUGUUAAAAUAUUAACGAGGGAAUUGUAAUUCAUCGAGACGAACUGAACGAAGGGCUCUGAAAAGGAAUGCGCAAAUAUGAUUUGUAAUUGGUAUUUUUAUUAG